AUGUGGACGUUGGCCUCGCUGCUUUCCGCUCCAUUCCGCGAUAUGGUAGAGCCACUCUACCAGAGGACCAAGCAAGCUCUCGAAUCAAUCAGUAUCGAAGGCAAAAAUGACAACGUCAACACCGAGCUUGCUCAAGCAUGGGUUCUCGUUGUUAUAUUAGAGUCCAUGCGGACUCACCAUCGGCAGGCGUGGAUGAGUGCCGGUCGGGCAUUCCGCUUGGUGCAGGCUAUGCGAUAUCAUGAAAUUGACAGACCUACUGACAAAGGUGGUCCAUCCGCUCCUCAAAAUGGUGACUUUAUUCAAGUUGAGGAAAGGCGCCGCGUAUUUUGGAUGGCUUAUUUCCUUGAUCAUGUCAUUAGCAUGCGCGAUGACUGGCCUAUCACGUUGAAUGAACAUGUGAUCUGCACACGGCUACCAGCUCUAGAUGCUGACUUCCAAAGCGGCAACCAUGAACUAGGACCCUUUUUGUCUGAAGCCAUGACCCAGCCUACUCUGAAAGUGGGUUCAUCCUUCAACGAGUGCCUCAUCCUUGCCACGAUAUGUGGACGCACUCUACUUCAAAUCCAACAAUAUCAAAUCUCCAAAGCAUACGGGGAUACAUUAUUGGACUCGACUGAACAGCGACGCUGGCUGGAUAAUCUCCUUACAACAAGACUCCAAGCUCUGUCACAGUAUUAUCCAUCACCUACCAAAGCAUACGAUCCAUUGCUUCUCUUUGCCAUUAUUUUAGGUCAAGUUACCGUUAUCUAUUUCUGCAAAGCCACGAUGGAGCCAAUGCCGGCAUCUAUUAGCCCAUUGCAAGGUGAUACCGAAUUCUCCAAUUACCAAAAUCGGGCAUUGGAGGCAUCGGAGACUGUUAUCCAUCUGGCCACAACGCUGUGUGAAGUACCGGUUGCCAAGAUCCACCCCUUGAUGCCCAUACCUCUCUUUUCCUGCGCGGAAUUCCUUUACGACAAUAUGCAUGCUAGUGAAUCAUUCCAACUCCGAAUUCAAGAGUUGUUCUAUAUAUUCCGUCGGCUGAAGAACGUUAAUAACCAUGAGAAAAGCUACCUUGAUUUGUUGCCGAAGUCUUGCAUUUCGAAAACCACUGAGAUGUUCAAUAGUGGCGUGCAGGGGAGUACUCCGGAUCAGUCGAUAGGAUUAUAG